CGGUCGGUGCGCUUCAGUUGGAGGUAGAACGUUGCAAAGAAUUAACGCAUCCCAUCCGCAUCGCUCCCAGGCGGCAGAAUCGCUCCCGGGGAGUAACAGGCAGCAGGCAGCAGUGUCACAAGUCAGUAGCAAUCGGCAGCAGCAACCGUGUGCGGCGUGCACAGAACGCCCCCAAUUGCCCCAGCAACCUCAGUGUGUGUGCUCCCUUUUUGCGGUGCAGUGUGUAAGUCUUCACAGCGCGCCCAACAAGGAUCCCCACCAACAGCAACAGCGUGGCAAAUUCAAAGCAAAAAAAAAACACACACACACAUCAACCAACAAUCGAUCCCAAAAUUCAAUGUGUGUGUGUGAGUGAGUGUGCCGCACGGGAUAAGUGUGUGUUUUUUUUUAAACUUGCGCUGCAUUGCGCAAAUGCUUGCGUGCUGCGCCGUGUGUCCUUCCGCGCGCGCGCACCUGUGUGUGUGAAGGAAGGAAAGCAGGGGGCUUUGUGUGUGCGUGUGUGUGUGUGUGGGUGUAAAUGAUAAAAAGCACAGCAAGCAUCCGCAACAGUGUAAAAAUAUAACACACCCCAAAAAAAGCAAAAGAAAGAUAAUUUCCUCAACAUUGUGAAAAGUUUCUGUGUGUACGUGCGUGCGUGUGUGUGUAUGCAGUUUUUUAAUGUGUAGUUGCCCCCCACCAUCGUCGGUGUGUUGGGAAAAAUCUGGGCUAAAAGGACAGAGAGCGUGUGAGGGGUAGGUGAGCGGGCCUGCCCGAGGGAACUGUUUUUUUUUUUGCUGGUUUUUCCGGCUCUCUCGCCUCUCCAGUGCAGAUACAUUUUCCACCGAAGCAAGGGCUGCGGGAGCUCUGCUUUGGCGUGCUGGAUGCGCCCCUAACCAUUAUCGAGUUUGUGUGUGAGCGAGAGAGAGAGAGAUAGAGAGAGAAAGAGAGUUGUGAGAGCAGCAGCAAACAACAGGCAACAGCAUGCCGAAGAUCUUCCUGAUCAAGAACCGGCUGCACCAGCAGCAGCUGCGGCUGGUGGAGGAGGCGCAGAAAAACACCCACUCGGGGCCGGGCGGCGGCGGCGGCAGCAGCGUGGUCGACGAUGCGGUCGGUAGCGGCGGCGGCAGCGAGGUCGGCAGCAACGAGCCACUGUCGCUGGUGUCUCGGAAGCGCGAGCACGACGAUUCGGCCGAGCACGACAUAUUCAGCGAAGAGAACCGUCUCAGCCCGCCGUGCCGGAAGCGGGCGGCCUCCCCAUCGCUGUCCAUCUUUGCCAGUGCGGAGCGGCACGAGGCUGGCGGCAACGCGGCAAACGCCGCCAACAGCUUCCCCGCCGGUGCCGGGUCGGCCUACAGCAGCAGUGCCGGCGGCGGUGCCAGCAGUCUCGCGGCGUACCACCGAAACGCAGCGUUCAGCCUUUACCACAGCGGUCUCACUGCCAAAGAAUCGUCCAUCAACAACACCGCCGCCAGCCACCACCAUCAGCCGCGGCUUUUCAUCGGCGGCGGUGGUGGUGGUCGGCGCCCUCAGCCACUGCCGCCCCGUCCGUCGGCGGCGGCGGCCUUCGAGAAGAGCAAGGAGGACGACGCGACCAGUGGCGAUGAGCGGCCGGCAACGCAACGGGCAGUGCCGUUGGUGAGUCAGCGCAAGCAGCAGCAGCAGCCGCCCGCACCAGCCUCAUCACCGGUGACACCCACCUCACCGUGCACAGUCCCACCAACACCAACGCCUCCACCGCCACCGCCAGCAACCGAGCAGAAGGAUGCACGGCCGCCCACGCCACCACCGCCAGCGGCACCGCCCGUUGCACCACCAGCAACGGCGGUGGCGGCGAUCGUGCCCAAACGGCGGCCAACAAUCGUGAGCUCCUCCUCGUCCUCCACCACUACCACCGGCACGUGUCUGCGGGUAACCGAGGGGCCGGCACCGUACAUCGGCCCCCGCCAUGGCCACGUGCUGACGAACGCGGAACGGAAGGUGUACCCACCGACGCCGCCACCACUGCCGCCCACCAACACCACCCCCGCGGUCGACUCAAAGCCGGCCGCAGAGGACGAGGAUGACGAAGAGGGGGAGGAGGAGGAGGAGAAGGUGCAGCAUCAGCAACAGGUCCCGGUGGAGCGGGAGGGAGCGAGUGACAGCAAGAAGAAGGAGUCGUCGGGCAAGGUAAUUGUGCGCGACGACCCCGCAACCAUCCCGGGCGGCGAGCAGUACCAGCGCCGGCUGCGACUACCCUCCCCGACACCGCCCCCGCCCAAGGAGCGCGUCCCAUCGCCGGCGGUCGUGCGCUGCUCGGUCAUCCAGCGGACGCCAGCGGUGCGCAAGAGCCAGCCGGCGGAGGAGCUCCCAGCAGUGCCGGCGGCGCAGCAACCACCGCCACACCAACACCACCAUCAUCACCAUCACCAACCACCACCACCAGCGCCCCCCACGCAGCUGGACGACAGUCCGCGGGCGGUCGAUCUGAAGGUGCGCCCGGUGGUGGUGCUGACGGUGGAGCCGGAGCAGGAGCAGCCGAUCG